GCCAAGUAAAGCUGUCAACGUCUUCAUUUCCACGAGAAUAGAAGACUCAUCUUCAACCUCAAUUGUUUUAGUUUUUGCUAAGUGUUUGCAGCUUUGUAUUAAAACUAAGUGUUCUACAGCAUUAAUUAGAAUUAAUUAUUAUUCAAAAUGUACAAAUUCAGUGUGUUCUAUUUAUUAUUUGUGGGAGCGGCGUUGCAAACCACGUACGCAUUAAAAGAAGGCGAAUGCGAAGUUUGUAUUAAAACUAUCGAUAAAUUUGCAGCCACGUUAGAAGAUAAUGUUAAAAGCGAUCCUAAAUUGAUAGAAGCUGCAUUCAAAAAAUUCUGUAAAGGCUCCAAAAACAAAGAGAACAGAUUUUGUUACUAUUUAGGUGGUCUCGAAGAAUCGGCGACCGGUAUAUUGGGAGAACUUUCAAAACCUUUGAGUUGGUCGAUGCCGAGUGACAAGAUAUGUGAAAAACUCAAGAAAAAGGACGCUCAAAUUUGUGAUCUUCGUUUUGAUAAACAAAUAGAUUUAAAUAAUGUUGAUUUGAAAAAAUUAAAGGUUAGGGACUUAAAGAAGAUUCUCAACGACUGGGAUGAAAGUUGCGAUGGUUGUAUCGAGAAGACAGAUUUCAUUAAAAGGAUAGAAGAGUUGAAGCCCAAGUAUAUGGGUAGAUCUGAUUUGUAAUAGUGAAAUUUAAUAGAAAAAUUACUCAAGGACUUGUGAUAGACCAUCAUAGACUUGUGGGAGUGAAGUGAAUAAAUAAUGCAUUUUUAGGAGUGUGUAGAUGAAUGUUGUAUGCAUAUACAAUAAAUUAUUGUAUCAUAAUUAAGUAAAUAUUUUUUGUAA